AUGGCGCGUUCUUGUGGGGUCACCUCUUCGGCCGCCUUGUUUUUGGUGCUGGCCCUUUGCGUAGCGGCUAUGCACGCCUACAUCCCAGUCAACCUGAUGAUGCCGCUGGACACGAUCACGAACGACGGCGCGCUGAACGACCCGCAAGGCAUCCGCCAGGACCUGCAGCAGCUCAAGAACGGCGGCGUCGACGGUGUUAUGGUGGACGUGUGGUGGGGCGUGGUUGAGCGCGCCGGGCCGAGGAGGUACAACUGGACCUCCUACCUCCAGCUGGUCGACAUCGUCGACCAGGUCGGACUCAAGAUCCAAUUCGUGACCUCCUUCCACCAAUGCGGCACCAACGUGGGCGACCAGUGCUUCAUCCCGCUGCCUCCGUGGGUCCUCAGCAUCGGCCAGGCGAACCCCGACAUCUACUACCGCGAUCGCGAAGGUGGCGCGGACGACGAGUACCUGUCGCUCGGCGUAGACUACCAGCCAGUGCUGAACGGGCGCACUGCGCUCCAGGUGUACGCCGACUACAUGUCGAGCCUCGAACAGACCUUCCGCGUCUUCCUGCAGAAGGGCACCAUCAACCAGAUCCAAGUCGGCAUGGGUCCCGCUGGUGAGCUGCGUUACCCGAGCUACCAGCUGAGCAAGUGGUCUUACUGCGGUGUCGGAGAAUUCCAGUGCUACGAUAAGUACAUGCUGGCUGACCUCGACCAGGCCGCCAUCGCCGCCGGCCACCCUGACUGGGGCAACGGCGGGCCGGACAACGCCGGCACCUACGACUCGAAUCCCGAGGACACGGGCUUCUUCUCCGAUAACGGCGGCGACAACUAUUCGUCGCCGUACGGCCGCUUCUUCCUGAACUGGUACAGCAACAAGCUGUUGAACCACUCAGACUCGAUCUUGAAGUCGGCCAGGCAGAUCUUUAGCCGCUACUCCGGUCUCAGUAUCGCCGGUAAGGUGUCGGGCAUCCACUGGUGGUACAACACCAACUCGCACGCUGCGGAGCUUACUGCCGGUUACUACAACACCAACGGCAACAAUGGCUACCUCAAGAUUGCGCAAGUGUUCAGCAAGUACGGGGCCAACUUUGACUUCACCGCUCUCGAGAUGGUCAACUCCCCAAACAAUUGCGGCUCGGCCCCCGAGACGCUCGUCAAGCAGACCAUUCUCGCCGCUCAGAUCGCUCACGUCGGCUACGAUGGAGAGAAUGCGCUGGAGCUGUGUAGCGGGUCGUGUUCCCAGUCGGGCUUCCAGCAGAUCAUCAAGGAGUCCACCCAGUACGGCGCCAUCAGCGGCUUCACCUACCUCAGGCUGACGAACAACCUGAUCUACAACCAAAACAACUGGAACACGUUCCUCAACUUCGUCAACGCGAUGCACCGCGCCUAG